CUCAUCUGUUAAGAAAACGCUGUUUUUAAAGGGAAACCAAGGUUGUUGAGGUCUGUGGUGGGCAUAGCAGGUUGAAGGUUGGUGCUGGUUGCAGGGCCCUGUGGAGCAGAAGAGCUGUGCCAUUCCCCCUUUUGUCCUCUCUUGCCCCCCCUCCCCCGUGUGUUCCCCUGUGUGUAAGUGACCCCUCAUCCCCACCCGCCCCGCCACCUGAUCCCUCCUGUUGUGUCGCCACUCCAGCCCGAAGCCCCCCUCUCACCCCAUGCUUGGGACAAAGCCAGCUCACUGCCAGCCCAAUGACUGCCUGGAUCGUCUUGCCUGUCAGCCUGUCUGCCUUCUCCAUCACAGGAAUAUGGAUAGUGUAUGCCAUGGCUGUGAUGAAUCACCAUGUUUGUCCUGUGGAAAACUGGUCUUACAACGUAACGUGCACAGAGGAGCUGCCCCGACCAGGCUUCCCCAAGACAUGCUGCACCAUCCAGGACAUCCCCCUCAUCAGUAAAUGUGGCUCCUACCCUCCUGAAAGCUGCCUGUUCAGCCUGAUUGGCAACGUUGGAGCUUUCAUGGUGGUGAUGGUGUGCCUUCUGCGCUACGCCCAGGUGAUCGAGCACAGCCACCGAUGUUGGGUCAACACCAGCGCUCUGGUGUCCGGCUGCACCAACGCUGUGGGUCUGGUCAUGGUGGGCAACUUCCAGGUUGAUCAUGCCAAAUCUCUACACUAUGUGGGUGCCGGUGUGGCAUUUCCAGCAGGGCUGCUGUUUGUGUGCCUGCAGUGUGUGCUCACCUACCGGGUAGCCGUAACCGCCCUCGACUACUGGAUGGCCCAUUUCCGGGUGGCACUGGCCCUUGGAGCUAUGGUCUCCCUCGUCCUCAGUGGCAUCUUCUUCAUCCACGAGAGCUUCAUCCUGCAACACGCUGCCGCCAUCUGCGAGUGGGUCUUCACCGUCGACAUCCUGGUCUUCUACGGCACCUUCACCUACGAGUUCGGCACCGUCACCAGCGAGACCAUGAUGGUGGGCCUGCAGCGGAGUCACCACCACGGCUCAGGGGUUAUCAUGGGCCCCAGGGCCCGGGGCUCCACGCUAGGCGGGGCGACUAAGGGCCUCAAGUCCCCCGGGGGAAGCAGCACAUCCACACAUCUCAACUGUACCCCGGAGAGCAUAGCCAUGUUGUAGCCCUGCAUCGCAGCCCAAAGGUAUGAGAUGUCACUGCAGAGGUGUUUCAUGGGCACAGGAAGGCACGGAGACAGAGGCAGCAUGUAGAGGAAGUUCUGAUAUCUUUAACCAGUGAACCAACACCAGGUUGUCCCAUCUGUAAUACUAUAGUGUCAUUUUUAUUUCCCCUAACGUUGGUACAGGCCCUUGCAGUCAGAUGUCCUGUUACAUUUUCUGUGGCGAUGUUGAAAGGAGGGCUGAAUGUGUGGAGCCGGUUUGAGCACUGGAACCAUGAAUGUUUUCUAAGAUGUUUGUGGACCUGGGCAGUUCUUCAAAAGAGCAGGUUUUUUCCGGAUUGAAUGAUUUUUUUUUUUUUUUUUUUUUAAAUAACUGCGUCACUGGUGUCAUGGUGGAAAAGUAAAUAACUCAAACCCACAAGGUUUUUCCCCUCCCUCCCCCAGACACUCCUUCAUGAACUACCCACUGCUGUUGUGUGGCCCACCUGUUUUGGCCUUUUGCUUAUCUCUGCACGGCACACUUUUUGAAUGAGAGAAUAACCGUUUUUGUUUGCGUAGUAAGUAGAAAAUACUGAAUGUUUGAGAAGUGAAUAGUUAACAUGUAUGUUUUAUAGGCUGUAAGCAAAUGGCCUUUGAAAAAAAAAAAUCAAUCAAACAUUAACGAUCUGUCGAGCGAUUUGGCAAAAAUCACGAAUUUCACCCGACAAUUACAUUUGGUUGCACAGAUGAUUUGAAUGCAAAUUCUGAUGGUAUUUUUUAAAAUUAUUUUACAAAACAUGCACAUGAGUCUCUUGAGCCACUGUCAUUCUUGAGGUCAUAAUCCAUUUCAUUUACACGUGAGUGUUGUAAUGACGAGGACUGUGUCUCUUAAGUUGAUGUCAUUCCAUUACUGUCCCACAAGUUGCAUGAUGGGUUUGUUUGUUUGUUUGCUUUUUUUUGGUAACAUUUACUUUGAUGCUACUUUUUAUUUCAUAUAUUGUUAUGUCUGGUGCAAUAAUUGCUGUCAAUCAUCUGAUAAUUUACACUCCACUGGAGUGAAUAAUGCCUUUUUAGUGUGUUGGGAGCUGAACACAGGGCUUUUUGUUUGUUCGUUUGUUUUUUAAGUGACACCGAGACAUUUGAAGUGACCUACAUCUUAUAGUACAACUAUAAUGUGACUAACACAUUUACAGAAUAACAUAGCUCUUGUCCACACACUGAUUUGAUUCCAGGCUGGACCCUUGGAAGCCUUAUUUGAGUUUCGAGUAGAGGUUUUCUGUUAAAUACAAAGUGAUGUGAAUCCUCCUCAGUAGUUACAGGGGACGUUUUGUGAACCGAGAGGUGAAUAUGAUGCUUGUAGACCUUGUGCCAUAAACCUCAUGGCAUCACAACGGUGCCAGUACAGUGUUACAACCAGACGAUACCAUACAGGUUUUAGACUGAAGCGAAAGUGUGUCAUAUGUUGAGGUUUUAGUUUUAAGUUCCUGUUGCCAAUUUCUCUUAAAGUGAAAAUUGGGGUUGUGAACUAGCUUUAACGCCAGACUGCCACAAACCACCACUGCUCAAACUAUAGCUGACGAAUGCCACCCAGUUUAUGUUUUUGUUUUAAGUGAAUGAGCUAUUUCUCUGUGAGCUGGACGUUUCGUAACACACAGACACGCGCACAGUAUUCUGCCCUCUGUGUAGUCCUGACACAUUUUAAACUGUCUAACCACUGGAUGCCAGCAAUACACAUUUUUAAAAGGUCACAUCACCUACCUCUUUUAUCUUUUGUGGGGUUUAUGUUGUUAAAAGGUGAAAGCUAGAGUUCCAACAUGCUCUCCAUCUCACAACCGUCUGAGGUCGAGAAAAGUAUUUAACAUGGCGGCAGCUCAGCGAUCCCCAAAGAUCUGUCUUAGCAAAGGACGGUGGAUCUGCUGCGACACAAGACGCGUAACCAUGUGUCAGGUCAGUUUUCUUUACUUUUUGUCAUUUAACCUGCAGCAAUCUUGUCUUGUUUUGCAAUCUUGCCAAAAAAACAAAACAAAAACAAAAAGACUGGAGUUUUGAUUGGUUUUCUGGACGGCAGCAGUAGGUGUAUGAAUUGGUAUGAGUGCUCUGUCUUAGCCUUAUCCCUCGUACUGUGCCGGGGGAAGAUCUUGUGUCCAGCUGUAGCCUGUUUCACCAUACUGUAACCAAGUCACGAGGCGUGACUACAAAUGGCAGCUUGUAUGAGCCCUCACAUCAGGGUUGGAUUUAUUCUGUAAUACCAUCUUUCACAGGCCCAAAUUUAAUGGUGGAUUUUACAAACUUUUUUUUUUUUUUUUUAAUUUUUCUGUCAAAAUGUGCACUUCAGUAAACUUUCACAUGGUAUGUUUGUUCAUGGGAGAAUCCUGUAUUACAAAAGGCUGCCUGACCUGUACAUGUGUUGAACUCUAGCAACAGCAACACAGAAACUAUAUAAAAAAAAAAUGUAUUAGUCUUAUGUCCUCGAUUUGAAAAAUAUGUAAAAAAAAAAAAAAAAAAAAAAGAAUGGUAACAGAGGAGUCGGAUAAUUUCCCUGAAAACAAGUCAACACAGAUUAUUUUGUUUCCUUUUUAUAAAUUCUGUAAAUAUUGAAUGAUUUGUCUAUCAUUUAGGUAUUUUCAUUUGACAGAGAUUUAUAUUCAAAUAUGAAAUAAAAAUGAUAAAUUAUUAGCA